UGUGUGUCCCGUUACGUGGAACUUGUUGGUUGAAUGGAAUUCGUGUCUGUUGUCUGCUUCCACAAACGUCACUUGCAGUUUGAUCAGUCGGGUUAGUUUGCUCAAGGCAUGUUCCCGCUAUGCUACGUGUUCCAUAAACUGCUUGAUCCUAUAUCAGAGUUGUAACUAUAAAUUAGAUAUUAGGAAUAAUUAUUUUAAAAAUGAAAAGCAAAUCGCAUUUAUUUAUUGUUAUCUUCUGCGUCUUUUCAAACGCCCGCUAUGUUCAUUCGUUGGUCGAAGGACUCUACUGUGGCGUGGAAAAUUGUUACGAUGUUCUUGGAGUGACAAGAGAGAGCUCAAAGAGCGCCAUAGGAAAAGCUUACCGGAAUCUUGCAAAGAAGCUUCAUCCUGAUGUUCAAGGGGCUGACGUAAGCAAAGAAGAAGCUGAGAAGAAUUUUCAUAGAAUAGCCACUGCCUAUGAAGUUCUGAGAGAUGAUGCCUCUAGAGAAGAUUAUGAUUACAUGGUUGACCAUCCAGAAGAAAUGUACACUCAUUACUACAGAUAUUACAGACGCCGUGCUGCUCCCAAUGUUGACAUCAGGAUCAUCCUUGCUGUCUGUAUUAGUAUCAUAUCUGGUAUUCAAUACUAUAGUGCUUGGGAUAGAUAUGAAACUGCCAUCAAGUAUCUGACCACUGUUCAGAAAUAUCGAAUUCGCGCAACUGAAAUAGCCAAGCAGGAGGGUCUGUUCAAUGAAGAUGGGAAAAAGAAAAACAAGGAUAAAUCAAAGGAAAAGGAAGAAAAGGAGCAGAUUAUUCGUAAAGUUAUCGAAGAGAAAAUGGACAUCCGUGGUGGAUACGCAAAACCAGACUGGAAGCAAAUUCUUUGGAUCCAGCUCAUCAUUCUCCCUUACACAAUAUAUCAAUAUGUAAAAUGGUACAUUAUCUGGGUCUACAAAUUUAACAUAAGAAAAGAAGAGUAUGGUGAAGAAGAAAAGCUGUAUUUGAUUAAGAAACACCUCAAGCUCUCACGUUUAGAGUUCGAUGCUCUUGAAGAUCAUACCAGAGAAGAGUAUCUCGAACUUGGACUUUGGGAAAAGUCGAAAGCAAUCGAAUGGAAGGCCGAGAAAGAAGAAGAGCUAAAACGAGAGCUCUCCCAAUCUGCACGUCAUAAAGCGUACAGGCGUUAUCUGAAAAAAGGAACGGGGCGACUCACAUUUGACGAUUCUUAAUCUACAUUUGACAGAUGAGGUGAAUCAUCACCCGAGUUCAUCCCGUGUUGUGAUUUAAGAGUCUCUUGACUUGUGUCCCUUCAUGUGCUUAUUUGACGCAAUACAACAGUUACCAAAUU